GAAUUUAACGUCGUGUUUGUCCCAUCGGCUCGAAAGAGCUUCGAAUCGGAUUUAACUGCAGUUCAUUCUCGAUAUUUGUUGGGAAACUAUAUUUUAUGGAUUUUUCAAAAAUGGAAAUUUCUGUUUGGAAUUCGAGCAACAAAACUGAUCGUUUCGUCCCAUCGGUGUUUUCCAUUUCGAUGGAGGACAGCAGUUGGAUAGUCUCGAGUUCUUUUAUUAUUUUCACGAUGCAAACGGGUUUUGGAAUGCUGGAGUCCGGCUGUGUUUCUCUGAAGAACGAAGUGAACAUCAUGAUGAAGAAUGUGGUAGACAUAUCCUUGGGGGGACUGACCUACUGGGCAUUCGGUUAUGGGAUGAGUUUUGGGCUUGAUGCCCCAACAAAUCCCUUCGUGGGGACAAGUGGAUAUCUUCUGGAUCCUCUGGUAUCCGAUGAACUCAUGGGCCAAAUGUGUGCAGCUUUUCUCUUUCAGUUGAGUUUUGCCACAACUGCAACGACAAUUGUCAGUGGUGCCAUGGCUGAGAGAUGUAACUUCAAGGCGUAUUGCAUAUUCUCUUUUCUCAAUACUGUCGUGUAUUGUAUACCCGCUGGAUGGGUCUGGGGAGAUCAUGGAUUUCUCAAUCAUUGGGGGGCGGUUGAUAUCGCAGGAUCUGGAACUGUUCACCUGGUGGGUGGAGUUUCAGCCUUGGCCUGUGCGAUGAUGCUGGGCCCAAGGUUGGGAAGAUACGAUGAUGGGUUCGAUGCUCUACCCCUGGGCAGUCCUGUCAAUGCCAUCCUGGGUUUGUUCGUCCUGUGGUGGGGCUGGUUAGCCUUCAACAGUGGCUCUUCUUAUGGUGUCACUGGGGAUAAAUGGAAGUACGCAGCCAGGGCGGCAGUUUCUACGAUGAUGGGGAGUAUGGGUGGGGGCCUGGUGGGCCUUGGAUUCAGCCUGGCUAGUCCCAAGGGCAUCGACAUCCUCAGCCAGAUAAACGGAAUUCUCGGAUCUCUAGUGGCUGUCACUGGAGGUUGCUUUCUCUUUCGAACAUGGGAGGCUGUCAUCGUGGGGAUGAUCGGGGGUUUUUUUACGUGUGUCACGAUGCCAAUCGUCGACAGAAUGAGAAUCGAUGAUCCUGUUGGAGCUUUUGCUACCCACGGAAUUUCCGGGGCCUGGGGAAUGAUCUCCAUUGGAUUAUUUGCUGAUGAUCCUAAACCUCUGGAGACAACUGGGGGUAGGAGGGGUCUUCUCAAGGGUGGAGGGUGGUAUCUCCUGGCAAUUCAAUGUCUCACUGUUCUUUGCUUGAGUACUUGGUCAUUUAUCACAUCGUGGAUUAUCCUCUGGUUUGUUGAUUCAGUAAUUCCCAUUCGAAUGCCACAGCACGAGGAACUGCUCGGGGCUGAUCUAGUCGAACAUCAAGUGAAGCACUCAAAGAUUGGAGUUUCCAGGGCAAUGUCAGCUCUGAAACCCUUCUCCAGGCACAGUCGGCUGCAGGAGGUGCCUUCGGUAGGAUUAAAUCCUGGGCACGAGUCCUAUUUGGAGAAAUAUAUAAAAACGAAGAAGCUCAAUAAAUUAUUGAAGCUUAUGCACUUAAAAAAGGAGAAGCAGAAAAUUCAUGUGGACCUCAGGACCAUCCAGACACCACCUGGGUCUAUCAGUGUUCUCCCUGUGGCCUGGCAUAAUUAACUUCCUCCUCUCCAAUAUUGCCUAAUGUCUAACUAAUUAUUUAAUGAAUUGUAAUUAAUUCACAACUGAUACAGAGAACGCCGGUGGCUUUUUGAAAAUAAAUAAACAUUUUUUU